AUGGCAGUGUCUAACGUAGUCAGUACUUUCACCGUUUUGGCGAUCUCUAUAAUGUGUGUUGGAAUUCUAAUUUUGGACAACAACGUGGUCUCCGGCCAGUGCCAAGGCGACUUCACGGGACUCAUACAACAGUGUUCAAGGUACGUCCAGAAGCCGGGGCCGGAAGUCAAUCCGUCUCCGGGAUGUUGCAGCGUCGUGAAGACGGUGGACCUUCCCUGCGUUUGCCAACAUAUCACUAAGGAUGCUGAGCAGAUCAUUAGCAUGGAAAAAGCAACCUAUGUAGCUAAGUUCUGUGGCAAAGCACUUGCCCAUGGAACUAAAUGUGGAAGUGGUGGUAUCGGAGCUUCGGGUGGUCCUAUGAUCCAGACUUAA